CUGAUCAGUCGCGUCGAGAUUGGCUUGGGGCUAGGCUUAAUUUAAUCCUUCUUUUAUUAUGGUUGAACACCAAAAGCCCUAGACUACCGAGUGCACACUCUCAUUCAUGAUUCUACUUAGAUUGCAUAAUAAAUUUACAGCAUUUAGUCAAAGGCUGUUGAAUGCCUUCCACGAACCCAUCCAUUAAUUAUUUUAACUAUUUCUAGUUCACUCACACACGAUGCCGUACGACCCAGACUGGGAUUUGCGGGACGGGGAGCGAGUCGCCGAUAUAAAUUCCACCAGCGCUGUAUCCGACUACAGGAACCUGUCAGAUGUCGAGGAGUCAGAUGGGAUGGGCAUGGACGAGGGGGGAGAACAGUACGACUCAACCGAGGAGCAGGAGGAUUUCAUGGACUCGGAAGAUAUGGAAGUCGACCAACUUGGACCCCGCGGAGAUCAACGUUCAGAAGGAGCCCUGGACGACACACCUAAACCUCGCCUACCAUUCCCUGGAGCAGCCGCAGUUGCAAAGCUAGCUCAGGUCGAAGUGGUCCUUUACUCCAGUACUAGUAGUCCAUUGAAGGAUGCGCUCGUACCAGCAGGCGAACUUCCUGGUGACGACGGGGACGACACGAACCUUGUCACUUCGGACAUUGUACCGGAAUCUCGAAGCAAGCGCCAUGAAGAAUCACCCACAAAGGCGCCGGCUGUUUCUACUAGUACCACAGGAGUGCAACCCCCUGUGGCUCGCACCGUAUCAGCCACGGCCACCCCUCAACCUAAAAAACGCGGACGUCCGUUUGGAUGGCGGAAGGGAUUCGGCUCGUAUUCGGCCCUGAAGGCGGGGCUCCCGCCGGGCUCACUGCCGCCGGGCUCAUCCACACCGCGGCCGAAAGCCAAGAAGCCGACCAGCGAGCAAAAGCCACGGCGCCGACCUGGCAGGAAACCCGCGCCCACUGCCCGCCAGCUCUAUCUCCGACUCAACCCGCACUUCAUCACCUUUCGCUGCGAGUGGGAAGGCUGUCCAGCAGAGCUACAGAACCUCGAGACGCUGCGGAAGCAUCUCCUCAUCGUCCACGGCCGCCCAUCAGCGUCAUCAUCGACGACAGCAGCCGGCCCAUCCUCCCAAACGCCCUCAAGCCACUCACCACUAACCUGCAAAUGGUCGACCUGCGCCUGCCCGCCGCUCGCCACGCGCGAAGCCUUCACGGCGCACCUCGAGAAAUCCCACCUGGCGCCCUUCCUCUGGCACGUGGGCGACGGCCCGCGCAGCAGCACGCCCUCCCUGGCCUUUUCGAUCCAUAAGGACCAGGACGCGGGGGACAAGGACAAACCGCUACCCUCGUACCUCUUCGACUCCAGGGGAAACCAGGUCACCCCCUCGAUCCGCGACCAGCAGUUGGAGAACGAGGACGACCGCAAGAAGCGGCAGGCCCGGCUCAACCGGGUCGUGCAGCAGCGCGACCAGAACGCGCCUGACGAGCCCGAGUACACCGUUGAGGAGCUCAAGGGGAUGGCGGAGGCGAUGAGCGGGAAGAGGGCGCGGCAGAAGAUGUUUAGGGACUAUGCUGACCGUGUGUGCGGGGGCGGGAUGGCAGAGUGGAGGGGGUUGUUGGCCUAAAAAUCCCAUUUCAUGACAUAUUCGACGGCAGGAAGUGCAUACGGGGGACAUCCGAAGGAUACUGUACUUGGCGUUAGAGGGCGGGAGCGAAAGGCAUUGCUUUCACUUGUGCUUGUCGGGCCACUCUUGUUGUUGCUGUAAUACUGUAUCGUGUCGCUUGAUGUGCAGUGUUACCCUACCGUAGCUGGAGGAGCAGCAACUGCACUACUGGGCAGGUAGUAGGAACAAGGGGAACAAGCCCACCAUCACAUCAUCACAGAUGCCUUGCU